GCUCAUCCCUAAAAGUCUCUCACAUCAUUCUCACACAUAUUCUAUCUUCUCUGCAAAUCACCAACCAAUUUCCAUGGAGGUAGAUUUCUACUGGAGGAGCCACGUUCCCCCCUUCGGCAGCUGGGAUUGCAACAACGACGACCUCCCCUUCACUCAGUGCUUCGAAUCUGCGCGCCAAGCCGCUCUCCUCCGCUACAGCUACUCCGAGGACCGCGAUCUCUACGUCGCCGGCGAUUUGUACGACAAUGAAGUCCUCACUCCUGCCGUCAUCGUUGUUCCUCGCCGCCGUGGGAAGGCAGUGUAUCCUAGAGAGAGAGGGGGGAAGAAUCAGAAAGAUGCGUGGGCGGAAUGCGACUGCGAUCUGAGUUCUUCGCCGAGCCCUGCCCCUCGGAGACAAAUUCCGAAAGCUGUUGAUGAAGAUCUGUAUAAGAUCUCUCCUCACCUCCUCCGUCAACAAGCCAAAAAGAAAAAAGGAUGGGGUUUCUUCAGCUGCCUGCGGCCCUGCGUUAAUUAAGAGAUUCAUAGAUUUUGGUAAAUACAAGAAUUAUGGGGGAAAGUAGUAUGAAUUUUUAAAAUUAGUGCUAGUUUAAUUUGCUUUUAAAAUCAUUAUCUUAUCCUGAUAGUGAUAAUGAUAUGAUGAUAAUGAUACCCACUCUUAAUCUUGGUGUUAAUUGCUUCUCUUUUUUGUCGCCUUUUUACCCAGUAGAAUAUGUUGUCAUGUUGCUUUAGGCUUAUUUUGAGAAUUUGAGAAUUUAAACUGCUAGUUAUCAUUGUAAGCAUGCAUUCUACACCAUCAUUAUUUCUUCAAUCUGCUGUUCUACACUCUUUCGUCGUUUAUUUGUUUUUGAAGGCUACACUGUUUCAUCUUGCGGCAAACAAUUUGCUAUUUUUGUUCUGUCACUUCAUUUUAAGCAACUCAAUUAUUUUCUAUGAUUAUCUUCAAGGAUGAGUUGCCAAUUUUAGUAUUGCGUAAAUAACUUCAAUCUCAAAUGCUAGUAUGUCAAGUCGCAUUCUUGCUGAAAAGAAGAUUUACAGAGGAAGAAACCACUCUAAAAAACAAGAUAAAUGUAAUGUCAGAAAAAGUGACGCAUAAAAAAUUAACACAAAACUCUUUUUGAAACAUUGUAUAAAUGCACAAUCUGAAACAUGAAA